AUGGAACAAAGGGUAUGCAGAUCACAGGUACAGGGGGGGAAAUUAUUUAUUUUCAUAACUUUUUUUCCCCUCUCAGAUUUUCUUCAUGCUGUAGCAGUAAAGGCAAACCCAGUUUCAGCAAUGUUGAAGAUAGUGCUAGACAAGGGUCUUGGUAUUGAAUGCGCUUCUAUCACAGAGGUAUUCAAUGGCUUGGAAGUUGGCUUUCCACCCGAAAAAAUAGUGUUUGACUCACCAGUGAAAACAAUGCCAGAAUUAAAGUUUGCAUUAGAAAAAGGAAUUCUCAUAAAUGUUGAUAAUUAUCAAGAACUUGAGGUUAUGACAAAAAUUAUAAAGGAUCUUGGGCACACAAAGUCCACAGUGGGCAUCAGAUUGAAUCCUAUUCUUGGAGUUGGUGACAUUCAAGAUCUGAGUGUAUGUACUGCAGAUUCAAAGUUUGGAGUGCAACUUACAGAAUCAACAAGAGAGGAGUUAAUCAACUUGUAUAUGGAUCGACCUUGGUUAACAGGAGUCAUGAUACAUGCUGGAUCUCAGAGUUUUGAUUGUCAUGAUCUUACCUGUGGUGUGAAACGCAUUGUAGAGUUUGCUUUGGAAGUGAAUCGCAGGGUAGGAAAAACACAAGUCAAUGUGAUUGACAUUGGUGGUGGAUUAACUAUAAACAGAGAUGACGAUACAGUUAGACCAUCAUUUCAAGACUAUGCUCAAGAUCUCAAAAAAAAUGUUCCAGAAUUGUUUCCAAGCUUUGGAGUGUUCAAAAAAGUUGUAACUGAAUUUGGUCAAGGUUUCAAUGCAAAGGCCGGCUGGCUGGCCAGCAGAGUGGAAUACACAAAAGUUGCAUCUGAUGACCUUAGAAUAGCUCUUAUACAUUUUGGAGCCGAUAUGAUGAUGAGGACAUGUUACUGCCCCAAAGUCAGCAAAUACCAGAGACGUGUACAAGUUUUUGACGGGGAAGGGCGGCCAAAAGAAGGAGAGGGAAUGCGUUAUAAUAUUGCUGGACCUCUGUGUUUUUCUGGAGAUGUAGUCAAACGAGAUGUUUUUCUUCCUAUGAUUGAACGAGGUGACUACAUAAUUCUGCAUGACUGUGGUGCAAAUUCUCUGUCUGUAUUUUGUCGGCAUUGUAGCCGUCAAGCUCCACCUGUUAUUGGUAGGUUUUUACAUUGUAUCAAUAAUGGAAUGCGUUAUAAUAUUGCUGGACCUCUGUGUUUUUCUGGAGAUGUAGUCAAACGAGAUGUUUUUCUUCCUAUGAUUGAACGAGGUGACUACAUAAUUCUGCAUGACUGUGGUGCAAAUUCUCUGUCUGUAUUUUGUCGGCAUUGUAGCCGUCAAGCUCCACCUGUUAUUGGUUAUCACGUGCAAGAAGAUGGCAAAGUAAACUUUGAAGUUUUAAAAGAAGCUGAGACGGUGGAAGAUCUUCUAAUAUUUUGGAAAGGUAGAAAACCCAAAACGACAGAUUUGCAGUGAACAUUAGCAUCACCUCCUGCAAGUUUCAUAUGAAAACAAUAUUACAUUGAGUCUGAUAUACAUGUAAAAAGAUGCUUAGAAAAGGAUUAUGGGUGUUUGCCCUGAUAACAUAAAUGAAUUGUUAGAACUGACCAAAAGUCAGCACAGUAGAAAUACUUGAAGAGCUAAUCUCACAAGAUUACCAAGAAGGCAUAGUUGAGUAAAAGAGGGCUGUUGAAUGUUUUCUGUAACCACUGUAAAAUGUUGGAAAUCAGAUACCACAGAGCUACGGACCUCUGAAAAUAUCUGUAAAAUGUUAAGAAUGUAUUGCUAAUUUUCUCCCUACCCAGAUCAUAAUUAUCUUUAGAUUGAGCAAGUUAAGUAUAGUAAGAUCUUAUAUUAUGCUUUAGUAAAACUCAGCUUUUUAAAUCUAAAUCUUAUAUAGGGUUUGCUUCGUAAUAAGAUUUUUAAUAAAUAUUUAUAUAGGGUUUUUAUAAAUUUCUAAUAAUUAUUGUACAUGAUGAUUUUAUGCUCUUGGUAUUUUAAAGAGGGCCACAGAAAUUACAAAUGUGUGCGCAUUAAUUCGCACAGCAGUGCAGACCAAAACAUUAAAUUUGCCUGCUCUCGGUCAAUCACAACGAAUUAACUUUCUCAGAAAAUAUAACAUAAACUUUAUUGUUAUUCUAUCCACUUGUUAUUAAUUAAUUGCACUGAAUAUCUUUAUGGCAAUUAUGUUGAUCACAAAUUUACAACGGUUGUAGCCUUGAUAAAAACAUACGUUUAAGUGUAAAAUAUUCUAUCCACACACAUGCAUUGGUCACACAGUUAUAUAUGACAGGAUACCUUAUUUGAAAGAGAAUAUUAUGCAUUCACUCGUUACAUAAUAAAAAUAAAAAUGGCAAUAUGGCAA